AUGACCAUUCGAAAAUUACACAUCUAUUUAACUGAUACAAAUUUUAUUGGUUUUGAUAUUUUACAAAAAGCCAUAAAUAGAUGGUAUCAAUCAAAUAAUGAAUUUGGGUAUAUGAUUACGAAGUUAAUUCAUUUAACCGAUUUUCAACAUCCCCUAACAUCAAACAAACAAUCCAUCUCAUCAUUAUCAUCAUCCCCACCUCCAUCAGGUGAAAAUAUUGAAACAUUAAUUGCCAAGGCAACUAGAAGAAACACUAUAGUCUAUUCAACAACAGCUGAAAAUGAAGAUUUACAACAGUUAAUGAAUAUGUUUAAACCAUUCUUUAAAAGUGAUACCAUAAUCUCCAUGAAUACAAAUAAUACUCAAAUUGAUCAUCAUAUUCUAACCUUGAAUGACUAUUUAAACAAAUUUGAUCAUUGGAUUGAUAAAACUAAGAUGACUAAAAAAACUCAUAAUGUCAUGGAAUAA